AUAGAUUUGAACCCUGGGACACAUCAUAUAUGCCAGCGACCAGAGCUACGGCUGUACAUUGAAUUCCAUUUAAACUGCUGAUCAUGUUCGCGUAGGCAGAACUGGGUCAUUUCAAAGCCAGUCUACCAUGUCAUACUGAAAGGGGUUUCAUCAGUCAAUACAUAUACAUGUAUAGUGUAUACUCAAAAACACAUCGUGACAUCUUCAGUUUGGAAUACCUACGAUACUGGACAGUAGGAUACAAUGGUGGAUAUAUUCGCCUUCAGUCCAACAACUGUGUUAUUGUGUGUGGCUGUGCUAGCUGUGUUAUGGCUGAUAACGCGGCGUCCCUCCGGCCUCCCUCCCGGACCCCCUCUCCUCCCGUUUGUGGGGAAUGCCCUCUCCAUGGACUCCGAUCCCCGGAUCACGUUUAAGAAACUCAGGCAGCAAUAUGGCGACAUCUUCAGUUUGUACAUGUUCAACACACCACUCAUCGUCCUCAAUGGCUACAGUGCUCUGAAAGACGCCAUUGUCAAGAACGCCGACGUAUUUUCUGACAGGCCACACACACUCCUAAAUGACUUCAUAUCAAAAGGGAAAGGAGUGGGUAGUACCUCUGGUGAGCUCUGGCGCGAACAAAGACGCUUCGCCCUCAACACUCUCAGAGAGUUUGGAGCUGGCAGGAACAUCAUGGAGGACAAAAUACAUGAAGAAAUCUCGCAGUUUCUCGAGGCCUUCGAGACAGAACGGGGACAAGGGUUUGACUGCACCCGUCUGGUGCAGAACGCAGUAUCCAAUGUCGUCUGCUCCACUAUGCUCGGCAAGCGAUUUGAAUAUACAGACCCGCUUUUUGUUACAUUUUUAAAAGCUAUAGACGAAAAUUUUGCCAACGUAGGUGCGGCUGGUGUGUUGAAUGUACUGCCUAUUGUGCGCUUUCUGCCAGGGGAUCUAUUCAAAUUUAAGAAGACUUUGGAGAAUGUAGAUAUCCUCCUUUCACAACUGAUACACCCUAUGCUAAAGGAGCACUUGGAGAACCACGACGAUGAUAACGCGGACGACUUCAUCCACGCCUACAUCAAGGAAAUGCGACUUCGCAAAGAAAAGCAAGAGGACACGACCUUAGACUUGGAGAACCUUGUCAUGGUUAUUGCAGACCUCUUUGUUGCCGGGACAGAAACCACAGCCACUACAAUUCGAUGGACACUGGCCUACUUUCUCCACAACCCGGAUAUUCAAGAAAAGUGUUUUCAAGAGAUCCAGGAAAACAUCGGCCAGAGCAGACGACCCUCCAUGAAGGACAAGACCAACUUGCCCUAUGUGGAGGCCACCAUUAUGGAAGUGUUGAGACGAGCGGAUAUCGCCCCUACCGCUCUCCCACACACCGUUCCCCACGAUGUCCAGUUCAGAGGGUACACGUUCCCAAAAGGUGUCCUUGUCAUAUUGAUGCUUGAUUCGGUCCUACAAGACCCGGAUGUGUGGGGUGACCCAGAAAACUUUCGGCCUGACCGUUUCCUUGACGACACUGGCAAGAUUGUAAAGAAAGAAGAAUUCAUUCCCUUCUCUCUGGGUCGAAGAGCUUGUCUGGGUGAAUCGAUGGCCCGAAUGGAGUUGUUCCUCUUCCUGACCACCAUGAUCCAGAGGUUCAAGUUCGUCCCUGUUGAUGGCCAGAUGCCCUCCUUGGAUGGAAUCAUGGGUUUAACUCAUUCUCCAAGACCAUUUCUCAUGAAAGCUAUUCCCAGGAUUUAAUCAGUGAAUUGACUGAGUGAGUGAGUGAGUAGGUGUUUAGAACCCUUUUAACAACACUUCAGCAUGGUAUUUCAUUUUAGUUCAUUUCAGGUGACGAAAAAAACCUGUUAGCUUUGCGGUUUGAAACUGGAUCUAAGUCUAGAUACACCAAAAGUAUAGAAUCUUGAUGAUUUAAAAAAGAAAAUCACAAAAUAUUUGGUGAUCGGGUGGUCAGGGGCUAUAACUUGGCUGAUUACAGGUCUAUCCUGAUGCGUUUGGUCGUUGCUCAUGCGUCCACUCACUAGCUGCCUGGUUAGCACUCGGAAAUAUGGUGACAAAGCAUUCGGAACAAAAUGAAAAUAUUUAUGUUGCUUUUCCUCAUAUUGCUUAAUCGUAUAAUAUCAUGUAGUCUUGUAUGCGAACGUGAUGAACAUUUCAGCGAAUCUCUCUUUUGGUGUUGCACAGACGACAAAUAACAUGUACUUUUCCAGCACGUUUCGUCAGUAGUUUGUUUGGUAUUGAACAGUAUCAUGUUUGAGCUGGUAUAAUCGUAGGUGAAUUUAUUUCACUGAAAUUAUUUAAGACCAAAUGGGAAUGUAACUGUACUUCUAACGCUUGAAUCAUGCAUCAGUGCCCUCACAUGGCUUGUUGCUCACAUUUUAAUUAAACUAUCUUGGAAAUUCAAGGUUCAAGAAUAAUAUGAGUUUCAAAUAAUUCAAACUACUAUCUCGAUAAUGUGACAUGGGUACUUCUAAUCUAUUAUAGGUUUCCGUUGUAUAAUAUAGUAUAAUCCUCAGUCAUGGAAAGUGGAGAACAGUUGACGCAGGGUGUCAAUACACCAAUGCAGUAUUUGGAUGCUGUGAGCAGACUUGAGGAAAUGGGUUGACUCUAGUAAUCGGUUCCAUAGUGUAUGCAUGCAACGUAAGGUGAUGCAUGCAUAUAAUGUACCUUUAUGUAGUAAUAUGUUACACCUUCUUGAAUUAUUCAUGUGACUAUAACAUUUUGUAAAAGACAAUAAAAGUAUUUUCAUUGCUUUA